AUGGAGACAGAGGAGGCGGACGUCUCCCUGCUGCGGGCCUUCGAGCAGAUCUAUCAGGUAUCAUUUGACGGAAUUGAGAAGAACGACACUUUUGAUACGUCGAGAAGGAUCAAGAAUAUCACCGUCUCUGACGUUCUAUUUAAAUUCGUUCUCCUGCUUUCCUUGUUAGGCUCCGGUUUGAUUUCAAAUCUCCUUCUGCCGCCUGUCGCUUCGUUUUUAUGAGCGCCUGUUUAAUCGCAUUGCGUGUUUCGUCUCUUUUCGACGGUGCUCGUUCGGAUGAUGAUGCAAAUUUGGAGUUUGAUGUAUUUUUUAUGAAUUUUUAUCCUGCGUAUUCGGCGUCUGAUUUCAACAAUAUUUCAUCUGAGUGUGAGAGGUUGUUGCUAGUAUGCUUACAUCGGCUUCAGGAAUACGAAGAACUCGUUUCGGAGGUACACACUGUGAGAUCGAACUGCAAUUCGGAGGUCAGGAGACGCGAAGCUCUAGAAAUCACCUGCAGUAGCCUCAAACAAGGUUCGGGAGUCCCGGUAUAUUCACUCAGCGGUCCAAACGUAUGUUUGUUAUGCAUCGAAUAAAUAUGAGCAUCUCUCCGACGGUGCCGUUGUCCAAACAGAAGACAUCGUCCUGCGCAUUGUGAGGCAGCGCGCUCUUCAUGGAGUGGCGUCAAAAAAUUUCGAGACGACUAUAGAUUGAUGGAGGAAGCUUUCAUAAUGCUAUGAUGGUGUUGCGUCCAAUUUUCUCAUCAUGGCAUAUCAAAUAAAUAGAUAAAUGGAACCUCGUGUUUGCAGAAAAUGAGCGUCUAAGGAAGUUGAACAUGGAAACACUCGCUAACUUUGCACAUCAGGUACCAUUUUUUCUCUUUUGAUCAUGUCAUUGAUGGAAAUUGAACAUGGAAAUACUUAUCAAUUUUGCUCGUCAGGUAUCAUCUAUUCCUUCUUCAGCAUUCUAAAAGCGAACGGCUGAACGUCUUGCUGAUCGUUUUUGUUAUUUUAUGCAUUUUUAUUUAAAGAGGGAGGAAACUCAGUCACAUAAAGAUGUAGGUAGACUUUUCUUUGAGGAAAGCAGAUGACGUUCAUUCAACAUUUGUUGGCAUUUCUUGUCGUUUUUAAAAUUGAGCUGUACAUUAGAAGUCCUUUUCUCUCAACGGGCGGGACAACUCAUAAAUGCUGAUUACCCAUGCUUUCUAGUCAUGAAGUGCUCGAAUGAAAGGUUUACUGGAAAACCGAUUUAAUAAAACUGGGAUUUAGCCCUGAAUUUGAAUUAGUAUUUUAUAAACAUUAAGAGAUAAAAACCUUGUCUCAAGUUCAAUCGCUAAUCCUGGCAUGUUGCCGUAGAUUCAUGCUUUUUGACUAAUUCUUACUUAGCUAACAGUUUGAAUGCCAUAUGAAGUACCAAAGUAUGAAGGAAGAACUCGUAGACGCAAACAGGAAAGCUUUAGACAUGAAAAUAGUAAGUGUUAGCGCCACCUUGUUGAAUGAAGGCGUGGAAACGGUUUGGUAGCCAUGAAAAAGACAGGAUGAUAUAAAUAAUGCAGGAACACGAGAGACAAGUGGAAAAACUUGAGCAAGAUCACCGGAUGAAGAUUGCAGACCUGGAGAACCAGGUCAGGUCGGUCUCUUGGCCUCUCUACUCAAACGGAGUUUUGUCUCGUCUCUUCAUCUCCCUACAACCUGACUCUCCAUUCCUUCUCAAAAUCAGCUGUCUUGUGCUUCAACAAUCAGAAAGCGAGGCCAAUAUAACGCAGCUCCAGCAAGACCUGGCUCACCACAAAUCCAGCGCAGCUGAUAGAGAGUCACAAUGUCUGCUGCUUACCAAUUCAGUCAGUCGCUAGAAGCUUGCCUGAGGGGUGGGGGAAUUCCUAACGAAGCAUUAUCCACCCUUGCAGGCCAGCGGGAGAUCCAAGAGCUGAGGGACUGGAUCGUGGUUGAGCAGCAGGAGAAGAACGAGUUGAUGAAGAAACUUCAAGACGCCGAAACCGAGUGUAAGAGUUCCACCCUCCCCCCCCCAUACACACACACAUCAUAAUUUUAAAACACAGUACGAUUAAUCGUUGCCCACCCUUAAAAAGGUGGAUCAUAAUUCCAGAGAGACCUGAGCUCUAACUGGCCCCAAUUACAGUUUUUUUUUUUUCUGCCGUUUAUACUCGGCGCGGCCGAUUGGUGUCGGUGAUUUCAUGAUCUUGGCAUCGAUGCAGUGAUGAUGACCAGGUCGAAGCAAGCUGAGCAGCAGCGGGAAUCGAUCUCCAUCCGCCACGUGGAGACGCUGAAGCAGAAGAUCAUGAAGCUCCGCAGGGAGAACGAGGCCCUGAAGAGGCGGCUCUCUGGCUCCAUUGGCUCCGAUCUGCAGCACCUCUGA